UAUUGUGCGUGGCGUGUCUCUGGUAUAUAGUAUUUUACGUAUCACCACAGACAUUCGUUUCGCUCUUGCUCUGCUCUUUGUUUAUUCCUUAGUUCUUGCUAUACGGAAUUAUGCCUGCUACCACUACCAGAGCGAGUAAACGAGUGAAAAGGCGAACGCAACCAACCCGACCCGGCCGUCCGCGACGAUCGUCCCGCUCCGGUCCACUCACGGCUCCCAGUACAUCGGUGAAUACCUUGCCGCAGUCAUUGUCCGCGCCAACUACUGCACCAACAACAGACAACACCUCUGCGGGGUCUACCAACCAUUUUACCCUCUCAGAAGCUACUCUUGCCCGAAUAAUUUCGGAAACAACGCAGGCGGUCAUGGCCAACCUCCAGUCACACACCAUCCCAUCUACACCGCCCGAGUUCUCGACGGAGACGCGUGAAUUGCCAGUGGUUGCUUCGGGUGUGUUGGGUACGGCAGACGCCACGAUGCAGGGGCCGGUGGCGUCUGCUUUACUCAAUAUAUCAGGUUUCGAAGUUCAAACGGCUAGCUCCGGUGGGCGUUCGGCCAACACCGACAGUCAUACCGCCUCACCUUCUCCCACACAAUUGGCCGCUAUUACCUCGCGGUUAAUUCAAUCUAGUUUGCAGCCUUCGUCAAUCCCUACCUAUCGCAGGGCAUGGAAACUCUACAAUCAGUUUUCUUCUGCAGUUUUUCAAUCUGCUUCAGUCAAACUGCCCAUAUCGCCUUCAGACUUGGGUUUAUUUAUCGCAUUCAUGUUUCAGCGCAAUUAUGCAGCCUCGACCGCGAAUACAUAUGUUUCUGCAUUAGGUUAUUGUCACCGUUUAACGGGCGUGCAUGACCCUACAAAGGUAUUUUGGGUUCUCGAAAUGUUGAAAGGAUAUGGUAAGCUUGGCUCCGGUGUUGAUGCACGCCUUCCAAUCACUAUUUCUAUCCUCCGCACAAUUUUACAACAGACUUCUCUCGUUGCAUCUAGUGAAUAUCGCGCACUUUUAUUUAGGGCAAUGUGUACGACAGCCUUUUUUGCCUUUUGCGGGUUGGUGAAAUAA